UGAGGUGGAAUUGGUUGGACCAUCAAUUCAGUGGCCUUGCCCUAACUCAAGGACAUGCAUGAAGGGUCAUGUGACCCUCACCAUAAAAAAUAAAGACACUAAGCAAGGAAGAAGGAAAAUGUCAAUGCAAGCUUUAUAUAUAUUCAAGGAAGCCUCAUCAUUGGGUAUAGAACGAGACUAAAAGCACAUUUUCUAGCUUCCAAGGAUAACCCAAUACCACCCAUUAGCCAUAGGAGCAGCACAGUCCUUGCCAAGCACAAAAACCAGCCACUGAAGAAGUGGAUCAAGGGAACUCACCAUGAAGAAGCGACUUCUAGUGUUGAGAAGAUAUGAACCAGUCAUUAGAGACCAAGUUGGGGUAGCAUGCACAAGGGGAAAAGUAGUGAGAUAUGGUGAAUGCCAAAAGAACCAUGCAGCAAGUGUUGGAGGGUAUGCUGUCGAUGGCUGUAGGGAGUUCAUGGCUGAAGGGGAGGAGGGAACCACCGGAGCGCUCAAGUGCGCGGCAUGCGGCUGCCACAGGAGCUUCCACCGAAGAGUGCAGGAGUAUGAGGGGUUGUGCGACUGCUCUUCCUCAGCCAUGGCAAGGCAGUGGGAAGGAUGCUGAAAGAGUUCAUGUGGUGGAAGCUCACUUUGAAACUUUUCUGCUUUCCAAUAGGUGUGUUUUAUCUGAUGGUUUGGAGAUUGUUUGUGUUUGAUGGUUGCAUUUGAUCAGGUUUCAACUAUUGUAUACUUCUGUUGUAUGUGAACUUGUAUGCCAAAGCUAGAUGGAUUCACGCCAUCCUUGAUACUUUAAGAUCUGCAAGGAGUCAGACUUGAUUGUUGAGUCUUCAUCUCUUUAAAAAUACAUAGAAUGAUGGCUUUUGUCAA